AUGCCAAGCUCUCGCUACGACCUCAGAAAUUUGGGACCAUCACCUUCUAUAGCCCAAAGAUCAAAGAGUAAAACGCCAAGCUCCGACAUCAUUGCGCAAAAUGAUGCAGACGAAACAAUGUCAAUGAUUUCGCUUCAAGUGCUUCGCGAACUAUCAAAUACCCAAACCUUCUAUGCUCUGAAAGACUUGCAAAGGUUCACGAUAGCGUGUGGCGAGGCGACCAAGAUCUUAAAUGCAGCACUGGAAGAGUUGGCCUUCAAGCUUUCUGAAACCCUGGACUCGGCUAGUCUUAUGAAACCGCUCCAAGAAAUGGAAUGA